AUGAUGGUUCAGGUUCCCACAAACUCACAGUCGUCGGUUACGUUGAUUUUUAAACACUUUCCCACUGAGCUCACAGCGCAAGACAUAGUGAGCUUUCUGCACAGCCUUGGAGCAACAAAUGUAAACUACCUCGGUCAGCAAGGUGCGUUGAAAAAUUCUGCUUUAGCGGAUUUUCCAUCUUUGGAACAUUGUUGGAAAGUGAUUAGAGGGGUUCAUCAACGAACGAUUUUGGAGAAGCGGCUUUGUGUCGAAUUCUUCUGUCCUACCGAUACAGGCCCUAAUGAAUUUCGUCAAAGUGGAUCGGGUACACAGGGAAUCCAGCCUUAUCCUGGACGAUGGAUGCCGACGGCUGAAUCCCCAUCGACACCGCUUGCUCCGAAGUGGGACAUUUGGAUACCAGUUUCACCCAACCUACACUAUAAAUACCCUCCUGCUACAGAAAGUAUUUUGACGAACAUUGUUCGGACGAUGGUAUCCUGUCCGGCUUUUUACACACAGGUUUUGCAUCUGAUGAACCGGCUUCAUCUACCUCCACCUUUUGUUGACCCUGAAUUGUUCCCUGGGACACUCAUUGUGACAGCAGAACCACUUGUGUCUCGUGAGCGCAGAACAGAUCAACAACAGAUCAGUAAAUUAAAAGGCGAUGAUGAACUUGAAAUGGAUUUGUCCACCAGCACGGAAUCGGAACUGGAGUCGGAUACCGACCUCAGAUCUGCUACCUCGACAAGAGCGACUCGCACUGUGCGACGAGCACGACGAGAGAGGCGAACGAAACCCGUGGGAGAUGGAAGACCAGCAGCGUUUGCAAAGCGGACCCGCGACAACAAGUUACAGCCACCAAACGUAUCCGAGCUAUUUGAAACACCCUCCGCGCAGCCCAAGCUGCAGCUCCAUGUACCACAAGAGUUACCACUGCAGGAGAAACGAGCACAUACCGCAGAGUCAGUGGGUGGAUUUGGCUUGCUAAACCCUGUCGUAUUAAACCACCAAUCCAUGGUCGUCGCAGAUCGAACGUCUUCGGAGCGUGUUUGGGAGAGCGACGACUUCCGACUCCGAAAGGGGACAGAGCGCCCUUAUUCUUCCUCCGACAACUCUGGUGAUGAAGGUGCUGAUUUCUUGCCGUCACUUUCUGACCAAGAACGACCAGACUGUGAUGUCCCUUUGUCCUUUUCUCUUGACGAACUCCGCCUGCGUCGGCUAAGUCCGGAAGAACGUCAAAACUACGCAGUAUUUUCUAAAAACUACUCAGCAGGUGAACCAACUUCUCGACUGUAUAUCAAGAAUCUGGCUCCAUCAGUUACCGAACAUGAUUUGCAUCGUGUUUUCGGCGUGUUUCAAUUUGGGCUCGUGAAAGAUCUGAACUUCAAGCCGGCCGUUCCGUCCUCUUCUACUGACCGAUUUUCCAUUCGAUUACUGACAGAAGGUCGCAUGAAAGGUUCAGAGCAAAACCAGCUGUCUAAAGGAUGA